AGGAUCCCAGAUUGGCUCGUUGGUUAAUGUGUCCAUAAAACCUUGCAACACAGAGCCGUGCAUGCUGUAUACGGAAACCACUGUAGAGUUAAAUAUCCAGUUUACGGCAAAAAAAAUAAUCCAACGUGGUCAGGCUGCGAUCAACGCGACGUUUUAUGGAUACUCGUUUAGGUUGGGACUUUACAAUGACAGCCUGUGUGCCUACACUCAGCCUGGUUGCCCUAUCCAAGCGGACGGAACCGUUUACACUUACACGUAUGCGGUUUAUAUUUCACCGAGCUUCAUCCCGAUGCCGAUGGGGAUAAGAUGGACGCUGUCGUCCAACAACGAGACUUUGGCGUGUGCGGAUUUCCAAAUAAGGAUCGUAAAUGCUAUACCGACCGUAAACAGAGUACCCCCGGUCGCUGCUGCUUAA